AUGCCUUCAGACAGCCCCCCGCCAACCAAAGCCGGUCUUCUCAAGUGGUGGACUCAAUUCACCCAUGCUCAGAAUCGCAAAAAAGAUUCAGACCCGAGUAGAACUGUAGAUCAGGAGGAACAUCCGGUGUUUCAAAAACCACUCAAAGAGAGUCUGAGAUAUGCAAGCGUGCAGAUUUCGACUGCAAAUGCAAAUGGCGAGCUCUACAUUUGGGGGUACAUACCUGUCGUCGUGGCGAAAUGUGGCCUUUAUCUCAAAGAAAAUGCUACAGAGGUGGAGGGGACGUUUCGUGUCAACGGUUCUACUAAGCGCAUGCGAGAUCUACAAGCCGCUUUCGAGACACCGCCACGGUACGGAAAAUCGUUGGACUGGAAAAAUGAACACUUUACAACACAUGACGUCGCAAGCGUCUUUCGUAGAUACUUAACUCAAAUGCCUGAACCCGUAAUACCACACGAUAUGUAUCACGACUUCCGGGACGUUUUGGGAAAGAAACCAUUCAACCAUGAUGAAGUGAUUGCAACGUACAAGCGUCUAAUUCAACGCAUGCCCCGCGCAAACCAAUACCUUCUUCUCUACGUAUUGGAUCUAUUAUCAGUAUUUGCACGAAAAUCAGAUAAAAAUCUUAUGACAGCCACAAAUCUCGCGGUAAUCUUUCGGCCCGGCCUUAUAUCCCAUCCUACCCAUGAAAUGUGCCCUGGGGAACAUGCGCUGAGCCAACGUGUUCUCGAAUUUCUUAUUGCGCAACAGGACUGGUUCUUACUCGACAUACCACCGCCACCACGAUCAGAGCAGAGCUCUUCGUGGAAGCCUCCACCACGGCCUCACCACGCACACACACAGGUACCAAGUGAGGAAGACUCGGAUCUUGUUGUUGUACCUAGUUCAGAUGACGAGCCCACGUCAAUUACUGGGGGCUGGAAGCUUGUCGGCCGUGACAGGCGCCGCAUUUACAGGCGCCGCACAACGCUAGAACAUACUGGUUCGCUCGACAGAACAGAAGAUGUUGAUAGUGGGCAAUUGUCGCCUGUCCUGGAGACCCCAGCAUCACGCCCUGUAAGCCAAGCUUCAGGUCCUGCAGUGAGCCGAAGUCGGACGUUGCCCUCCAAUCGAGGAAGCACGGACGACGAGAAACACCGUGCUAGGGUGCUCAGAAAACAGAAGCGAGCAUCAGCUCAGCCGCGACCUGGGGGUCAUGCAGGAGGGUAG